AUACAAUAUCGUAAGCUACUUCUUCAAAAUCGUAUUAAAGAAUUUGAUAAAAGUCAAGAAACAGAAAAGGAUAUGUCUAAGCAAAAAACUAAAAUCCUUCCAAAUAUGAAUAAUAAUAUAGAUAUGGAUUUAUAUGAUGAAAAAAAUGUACGAAGAAUUAACAAAAUUCGAAACCUUAUUGAUCAACUAGCAAUUAUAUAUGAAAAUCCAAUUACUGCUAAAGAAUAUCUUGAAUAUGAAAAAGAAGAAGCAACACACCAAAUGAUGACUAAUAAAGAAAUCGUACGAAUUAUAAAUGAACCGAAGGAUAAUUUGAAUACUGAUAAAACUGUCAAAAUGCCUAUUAUUACUUAUCAUGAAACAUCUGAAGCACUCAAAAAAGUUAUUAAUUAUGUAGAACAAAGGGGUAACAAAAUUGAAUUUCAA